AUGAAAAAGCACCUCAGUCUCGUAACGAAGGAUGACACCAUCAACCCAUGGAGGAUCAUCAUUCGAUAUCCGUUUCACAAGCUAAAAUCAUGUUCUCUGGACUCGUUUUUUGAUGGGCCCUAUGGCUAUGCAGUGAAUCUCAAUUACCCAUUAAAGACUCUGCGCCUAGAUGCUAGGAUUGGGGGCUCAUGUGAUGGGUUGAUAUGUGUUUACUUUGUUGAAAAUUAUGAUGACAUCAUUUAUAUACGGAAUCCAGCAAUUGGAAAACACAAAAUUUUGCCAUCUUUUGGAAAAGGAUUUAUUCUUUCCAUUUCUUAUGGCGUUGGAUAUGACUCGCCCAAUGAUGAUUGCAAGGUGGUUAGGAUCAAUAAUUUUAAUGAUUCACUUGAAGUUAAGAUUUAUUCCUUAAGGACUGAUUCAUGGAGGAAGAUUCAAGAUUUUCCUAGCAAUAUAAUUGGUUUUCAUUCUAUGGAUUCAGGUAAGCUUGUGAAUGGAUCACUCAAUUGGGUUGGAAUCAACACUAGUGAUCACUCUUGGGUUGUCACAGCUCUUGAUUUAGUAGAGGAGACAUACAGAGAAAUUCCACAACCUAAUUACGGGAAGGAGUUUUCUAGGUUAUUAGUUUGGGCUUUGAAAGUAAAUCUCUGUGUUGUUUGUGAGGAUACUUUUACUUUUUGUAAUGUGUGGGUAGUGAAUGAAUAUGGUAAGAAAGAGUCAUGGACUAAAUUGGUCAGUAUGACAUAUGUGCCGCAACAAAGGCCUGUUCUGUGGUCAGAGCCUUUGUGGUAUUUCAAGGAUGGUGAAAUUUUGGUGAAUUGUGGUGGGACAUUGGUCCUUUAUGAUCUCAUAAGACAUACAGUCAAGUAUCGUUCCAUUUAUAGUGUUCCUGAUUUUCACGAAGUGGAAACCUGCCAAGAGAGCUUAGUAUCACCUGAUGAUUUUAUGAAGGUGCCAAUUGGCCUUAAUAAUUAA